CUCUCUCUCUCUCUCUCUCUCGUUUGAAAUGGAGGCUUCCAUAUUUCACAUGGGGCAUUGGAGCUCUCCUUCUGCAGGCUUCUCGGCUUUUGGAGAGCAAAGGCAUGUCCUGCAGCAUCGAUUUAAUGUCUCUGUGUCUUUGUCUGGAAGAACUACUCAAUCUCUACUGGGCCGAACUGGUUUCCUAGUACCAAAGCGAAACUACAACAAGGUUUUAUGUAAUCUGAACCAAGAAGCUCCCGUGCUAGAGGCCAGGUCUGUUGAUGAGAUAUAUGAUGCUCUAGCUGAACGUCUUCUCCCUACAGCAGCAAGGAUAAGGGAUCCAUAUUCGAAAUACAUUGUGGGUUUAGCUGGUCCUCCCGGUGCUGGUAAGUCCACAGUAGCAUUUGAAGUAGUUAGCCGUGUAAAUAAGCUUUGGCCUCAAAAAGCUUCCACAGUGGACAACAAAGUAGAGCCUCCUGAUGUUGCUGUUGUUCUUCCUAUGGAUGGAUUCCAUCUUUAUCGCUCCCAGCUGGAUGCAAUGGAGAAUCCAAAGGAAGCACAUGCAAGAAGAGGAGCCCCAUGGACAUUUGAUCCAGCGCGUUUACUGAGAUGCCUCAAUACUCUAAGGGCCCAGGGAUCUGUUUAUGUGCCAUCAUUUGACCAUGGUGUUGGAGAUCCAGUGGAAGAUGACAUUUUUGUGAGUCUUCAGCAUGAAAUAGUAAUAGUGGAAGGAAAUUACUUGUUCUUGGAUGAUGGGAUCUGGAAGGAGGUUUCCUCUGUAUUUGAUGAAAAAUGGUUCCUCGAAGUAGACAUCGACACAGCAAUGCAAAGAGUUCUGAAAAGGCAUAUCUCAACAGGAAAAGCACCGGAUAUCGCUAAAUGGCGGAUCGAAUACAAUGACAGACCCAAUGCGGAGCUCAUCAUGAAGUCAAAGGGGAGUGCAGAUAUUGUAAUCAGGUCAGUUGACAUGUAGAGCUAAAACGAAAUAAAGGAAACUUCUUUCCAUGUAAUGUUGGUUUUGUAAAUAAAAAGAAAUAAUCUGUUUAUCUAAUAAAAAGCUUCUUGAGAUUUCAA